UGAGAUCCGUGAUUCUGAUUUGAAAGGACAGAACUGAAACGAAGAGAAAUGAAAGAUCCAGUUUUAUAUGGUGAAUUUAGGAGACAGUUAAAAGCAGUUCAAAUAGCCAUAAGAGUACAUGGAGCUUCUAAUAAUAGUUUUACUGACAACUGUCAAGGGAAUCCCCAUCAAGCACCAUACAGCAUAGAAGUUAGAUCAGAUGCCAUCAGCCUGGUUCAAGACAAACCACUCAAACAAUGGACAUUUCUCCUCCCCGAGGGGCUCCGAGCUCUGCCUGGAUCCUGUAGUGGACUGGAGUGGAUCCAGGGAGAAGGGAUCCAGAUGAGACUCCAGCUGGAGACUGAUGAUUUAAAUGGAGCACAGGAGGCAGAGCCAGAGAAGGGAGGAGAGCUGGAUGAAGAGACUGGUGACCUGUUUCUCAAGGCACUGGAAAAUCCAAGCUGUGAGGUGUCUUGCUCAAGAUGUGGUGCGCCUCUUGUUCAACCUUCUGGUGGUUUCAAGAAGGUUCUUCCACUGCCGUCAGGAGACUGGGGCGACAUGGCCGCCGACAUGUGGUGCUGUAAGAGCAAGGUCAUCGCCGAGGAAAGAGGCAAGAUGAGCCCUCUACAGUUGAACCCAGAGGAAGGAUCCAUCAUGGUGGAUGACCUUCAUCUACUGAUUAACUCAAGAAUGCUGACCAAAGGGUCAGUCCAGAUUGAAGUAAAGAAGAUGACUGGUCUGUCAAAUACCAAGCAGACUGGUAAAUCAUUCAAUGUGCUGUGUCAGAGAUGUGGUAACAUUCUGGGAUCUAUAGAUAACUCAGGGGGCAGCAGUCAGCUAGAAACCACAAAGCUCUACCGCUAUGCAGUCUGUAUCCAACACAAAAGAAAUCAUCUCUCUGAUAAAAUGAAUAAUCCUCUCCAGCAAACAAUAUGCAGUGUGAUGGUUUCUCUGUUCAAGAAUCAGAUGACCUUCAAGUAUAUCAUUGAGGAUGAAGAGGAACAUAAACCAAGGUUACUGAUAUGGCUGUUGGGAAUAGACACCAGACUUCUAUUUGGAGGAGCGCCAUCUACCAUCAAAGAUCAAGCAGGCUCUUCAUCUCUUCAUCAACCUUCCCCUCCUAUACCCCCUGAGGGCAGCAGAUUAGAAGUUCAGCUGAAGAGUCUACCAAUCGUCAAGGUCCUCUAUCAGACAUGCAACAGUGACACGGGUCAAAGGUUAGGUCAAGAAUGGAACAAGGAUCUGAUGGUUCACGGCAUCACACUCACCAUGGAGGCGUGUUUACAACUAGGGUUACUACUAGCAACCAGUACACUCCAGGCCCCGCCUUCUAUGAGGCAAAUGAAUGGAUUUAGGGUGGGAUCUCUGAAGCUUUGAUGGAGGUUAAUGGCUCUUGCCAAGUAUGAUGAAUUACCAUGAAAUGUUUCAAGGACUGGUACAGUGUCAUCUAAUGUUGCACCCGUAGUACAAGUAGAAGGAGGAGGAGAAAGAGAUGAAGAAGAAAGAGAUGGAAGAAAAGAAGAAGAUGGAAAAGAAGGAAGAGGAGAAGAAGGAGGAGGGGGAGGAUGAGAAGAAGAAGAAGGAAAAAAAGCAAGAGGAAAAAAGGAAAAGGAGAAAACAAAUUGAUAGAACAACAGUGCCUUUUUUCACUAAAAAGAUAAAAAUGAAUAAAUGAAAUAACAUGAUUGUCAAUGACAGUGUGAAUUAUUUUUGUAGACAGUGCAAUAUGAGCGUUCAUUAAAUGACAUGGCAUGUAAA